AUGCGCGACCGCACGGACAGCCGCUGCCGAGGUGGAAGAACCGGACAUGAGAAGUCUCGAAAAGUGGAGAAAGGAUGGGCUGGAUUUGCACCUUUCGUGUCUGGCCGGCCUACUCCGGUCGCCUACGGUGGCCAUCUCGCUCUCCGUACAGCGCACGACGCAAGAUGGCGGGCACGAUCCGCAAUGGCCGCUCCCGCCAAUACGCAGCGAAAUCGUCGCGGCGGAGUUAGCCAGCGAUCAAAAAGGGUUAUGUUAUUACAGGGCUUAUUGUCAUUCAGUGAUGUGGCUGUGGAUUUCACCUGCGAAGAAUGGGAGCUACUGGAUCCUGUUCAGAAGAACCUCUACCGGGACGUGAUGUUGGAAAAUUACAGCAACCUAAUGUCAUUGGCCCAGUACAGUGAACAUAAUUUCUGUGUGAAGACUUUCAGCAUGGUGAAAAAUCUCAAAAGACAUCACAGAAUUCACACAGAAGGAAAACCUUAUGAAUGCAGUGAAUGUCCCAAAUCCUUCAGGUAUAAGUCAAAGCUCAUAAUACACCAGAGAACUCAUACAGGAGAGAAGCCGUACAGAUGCCCUGAAUGUCAGAAAGCUUUCACCUUCAGUAAAAACUCACAUCUCCUGGCGCAUCAGAGAAUUCAUAUAGGAGAGAAGCCUUAUGAAUGCAAUGAGUGUGGAAAAGCUUUCGUACACACAUCACAGCUCAUUGUACAUCAGAGAAAUCAUACAGGAAGAAAACCUUAUGAGUGUAAGGAAUGUGGGAAAGCCUUCAAUAAAAAGUCACACUUCAUAACACAUCAGAGAAUCCAUACGGGAGAGAAGCCUUAUGAAUGCAGUGAAUGUGGAAAAGCAUUUAUAGACAACUCCCAGCUUAUCGUUCAUCGAAGAACUCACACAGGAGAGAAACCUUAUGAGUGCAAGGAAUGUGGGAAAGCCUUUAAUAAAAAGUCAUCCCUCAUAACACAUCAGAGAAUUCAUACAGGAGAGAAGCCUUAUGAAUGCAGUGAGUGUGGAAAAGCCUUCAUAGACAAGUCACAUCUCAUUGUCCAUCAGCGAACUCAUACAGGAGAGAAACCCUAUGAAUGCGGUGAGUGUGGAAAAGCUUUCAUACGAAAGGCAAUGCUCAUUGUCCAUCACAGAACGCAUACAGGAGAGAAACCCUUUGUAUGUCUCGAAUGCCAGAAAGCCUUUAGCAGUAUGGCAAUGCUCAGUAGACAUCAGUUGAUUCACACAGGAGAGAAACCCCAUGGAUGCAAUGAAUGUGGAAAAGCUUUCCGCCAAAAAAGCCAUCUUAUUAUCCAUCAACGGUGCCAUACUGGAGAGAAACCCUAUGGGUGUGUUCCAUGUGGUCAGAUCUUCAACCAGAAGUCACAGCUCAUCAGACAUCAGAGACGCCACACAGGAGAGAAACCAUAUCAGUGCACUCAAUGUGGGAAAGCCUUUUUUGAGAAAUCAUACCUCAGUGUUCAUCAGAGAAGUCACGUGGGACAGAAACCUUAUCAUUGUAAUGAGUGUGGGAAAACAUUCUCUGUCAAGUUCUUUCUCACUUCACAUGAGGAAAUUCACACAGGAAAGAAAUCUUGGGAACACAGCGCUGGAAAGACUUUAGUGAAGGGCCAGAUCUCACGGAAUACAAAAGAAUCCACACAAAGGACACCCUCUGAAUGCAGGGAACCAUUCGCAACAGUUCCCCGGCGGCUCUGCUGCGGCCGGGCGCCUCGACCACGUGCAGAGCUCCCCCGCCCCCCUCCACUGGGCCCCCUUUCUCAGGGUCAGGCACGCAGCCCGCCCUCACAGUUGGCUUUCCCCUCCUACUGGCCCCGGUGUCUCCUUUCCCUUUUCCUCUUCCACAACCUCUAUACGAAUACCCUAGAGUUACCCCUCUUCAACGCACAGGCCUACUGUGUCCCCCAGAGCCCGCUGCCCUUCAUCAGAAGUCUUCUCGGAUUCCGCUACCAACCCUCCUGCUGGAAGUGCCCACUCGGGAGGCGCUGCGCCGCGGACGCGCUACUGAGCAUGCGCAGCGGCUCCCGGAGGCGCGGCGGACUGGACGCGCUACUGAGCAUGCGUGGCGGCCCGGGCGGGCUGCAGAGGCGCGGGCCUGGAAGCGAGGGAGCGAGACAGACCGGGAGAAGUGAGCGGAGGCCUCAGACCCGCAUGUAUUUCAAGACAACCGCUCCCAUUGUGAAGCCGCUCAGUGCGGGCAGCAGCAUUACUUGCCGUGUAUCCACGGCCCUGAAUUCCAGUGUUUGGGAGGAUGCGGCCCUGUUAUCUCCGCGUGCCCAAGAGUGA